GAAUCUUCAUAGGUGCCUCAGUUGGAGGCGCAGUCUUUAUAGCUGUCAUUAUCGUUGUCAUCGUCCUGCUGGUUAGAAGGAAAAGGAAAAGGUAUCGAGCCAAACGGAAAUCCGUUGCAGUGCUGCCCAACCCAUACACCCAUAUUUCGAUCCAGCACUUAGACGAGACAGAACCAACGACAUCUGGUCAGUGGGCUAACGGGGGCGCUCACGUAACCUCGCCAAGCAGAAACCAGUCAGAUGGUCACAUUUCCUUAAACGGGUCAGUCGUCUCUUGGGAGCGUGAUGAGAACGACGAGAGCGAGGGAGAGGAGAUGGAGGGGAGGAAAAAAGAAAAGAAAGACUACGUAAACUUUGUGCACAAGCUGUCAAGUCAGUUAGAAACCGUCGGAGAGGAAGAGGGUGGUAUGUACUCCGACCCUACCUAUCUGCCGAGCCUCAUCGGAAAGUCAGGCUCGAUACAACAGUUGUCCACCAAGGGCAUUGAACGCGCUCGCUUCGACUCCAUGAUGUAUCUGCAGCCUGUGACCAACAACGGGGGGUCAAAGUCCGGCAAAGUGGCGUGUCCCCCGCGCCGUGUGCCUAAGGCCAGGUCCGAGUCGAACGUAUCUGCCGGGGGAAGCAGCAUCAGCAGUGUGACGUCACCGCUCACCGGGGUUUCCAAUUUAAAGUGGCAGAUGACUUUACCCAUCACACACAGAGCCACAAGUGAAGACGAUGACGGAGCAAAAGGAGAAGAGGAGAGUGAUAUCUACAUUGACAUGAAUAAGACGAGCCCCCAAAAACGCAUCUCUCUCAUUCCGAGCCCGACAAUUCAUGAUGAAAUGGAUAAUAACGACGACAAAGAACUGAAUGAUUUGCCUUCUGCUCCUCCUCCUCCACCCUGUGGAGUUUCUAAAAAAGGAUACAUCAACUUCAGGAGGAAAAAUGAACCUCAGAGAAAGAUAUCACAACCAGUUUCAGCGCUGUACGUGAAUACACCAAAACGCCUUAACUCUGAGCCCAGCUCUUCGACGGCUGGUGAAGACCUCGAAAAAGGUACAGGCGAUAUGCAAAACAGCUCUGAACCUAACGACGGCGAAGGCGGGAUAUACCAAAACCCUGACGAAGCCACGUCUGGUUUCAAAACAAGGUCGAUUUCUCUUCAGCAAGGCUCUGUGAAAUACAUGAACCACAAUAUGCUCAAUCUUAAAGGCGAGGAUUGCGUUAAAUCUACGGAUGAAGAAAGAGAUACGUUGAAUUCCGACAACGUGUUUGCCACUCUAGACUCCACCUCUCCUACUGACAUGGAGGAACAGGGAGGGGUGUAUCAAAAUUUCUCUGUAUUAGGAAGUGAAUCUCUUACAUCCCAAUCACACGAUAUACCAAAACAGACACAACCAAACUGCAACAACCUUUUAACAUCAACGUUUAAGUGCGUUCCGCAACACGAUGAUCUCAACGUAAUCAACAACACAACACGACAGUAUUCUGAAGAUCUCAACAUAGGUGGAAAAACACGAAAUGAUAGCAAAGAUAUCAACGCAAAAAGUAAAACGCUUCAGAAUACCGAAACAGAGUCGGGUAAAUCUCCAAAGCAGAUUAAGACAUUGCCCAGAUCUCCCAGAGCGAAAACAACAACGGGACAUGCUCGUCAAAUACAAAGAAAACAGUCUUCUCCUAACAUCACAGAAAACGGCAUUCAACAAACGGGCACACCCCGUUUGGGAAGAAAGAAUUCUGAGGAUGUGGCAAGUGUACAAACUGAUACAGAGGAGUCAGAGGUAGAUAGAAAUAAACUCAACAAGACCAAGCAUAAGCGAGAGUUGGCGCCAAAAGUGGCUCUUGUCCCGAUGACAAAGCCAAAGCCUCCCACAAAACCAAAACCCCAGCUUCCAAAUCAGCAAAUCCACUCAAAGGGAGGUAAGCUCUCGAGCUCACCCUCUGAUGCCUCACUAACCAGUGAAUCAAACAAUUCAGCUGCAACUGGUAUCGAGGCAGACUACGUCAACGCUGCUGACGUGACACCGCACACUCAGAACAUCCAAUCAAAACCUAACAAACUGACAGCAUCUACGAAUUCUGGCCAAAAUUCCUCUCCCAGUCGUAGCCCGAGAGUGGCGACCAGAGAAGCAGCGAGGAAAGGAAAAGGGUCAACGACGAAAGAUCUCAAUACGUCAACAUCGUCCAUCGAUUCAAACGAGACCCAGCAGUCGGCGCUGUCAAGAGCUCGGAAAAUGGCGGCAUUCGACAGCAACUCACACGUGAACACAGUGGGGACACUUGACAUGGGGGAGCUGCAGAGAGCUCUGAAGUCGACUGCCAAGAAAUAGGAAUACCGAGUCGUGAUGAAUGCCAUGAGCUUUGUCUGUGGUUCUUCGACAAUUCUGGGAGGUUUGAGUUUGACAGUUACAGCUUUCUUAAUGUGAAUAAUAAUGUACAAAAUCGUCUCAAGAUUUGGAAGUAGAGCAAUCAUUAUUAUUUUUAUCAUUAUUAUUAUUAUUGCAUGUAUUAGUAUUGUUAUUAUUAUUAUUUUUUUUAUUAAUAAUAUUAUCCUUAUUAUUAUUAUUAUCAUCAGUGGCGGCUCGUGGUUUGUGAAAUUGACCGACUAUCAUUCAUAUUGAUCCCCCCCCCUUCCCACCACCCCACC